UUCUCUACCAAACCUGCAAAUUAAAGCUUUCAACACCCUGCACCAUCUCUAGGACAUUCUACAACCCUUUUCUUUCAGAUUCCACACCGUUCCGUUCUUCAAAUUAGAUUGGGGUUUUUUUGUUGCUCUGCUUCAUUUGAAUUGUACGUAAGAGACGUGAUGUUGCAGCUGUUCUUCACAAUUGCUUUCUCUGCAGCGCCUUUGAUUCUAUAUGUUCCGCCUGUGAGAAGCUUGAAUCUGUUCGUGGAGACCAUGGAGGAUCUGGCAAGGGAGUCGCGUGUGUAUACCCACAGGCUUUACCCACGUGCACGGUUCGUGUGGUCUAGGAUCUUGGAUUUUAUGCUUUGCAACUUGAGUUUAGAUUAGGUUUUGGAUUGUCUUGUGUUCUAACCUGCUUUCAACCAUCAUCGGAUCUCGUUCAUGGUACAGACAUUUUUUUUGCUUGCCACGGCUCUUCUUCUCGCAGGGAAUAAAGUCGAAAACAUUCCUUUGGUAGUUCCACGUAUGUUUCUUGUAUAUGUGUGUGUGUGUGUCUUCUUCAAUCUUAUGCUUGUGAAAUCAGGAACUUUGAUACCCCCAACGUUUAGGGUUUUUGAUGUUAUUGUAUUUGUUGGUGAUGAGUUUAGAAAUUUGAUCAUGUAUUUGAGAGCU